AUGGAGGUGGGCGAGCCUCGGCUGCUGCAGACGGUGCGCGCGCUGCGCGGCGAGGUGACGUGCGCGGACGCGUGCGGCGCGCGGCUGGCGGCGGGCGGCGGCGACCGCACGCUGCGGCUGUGGCGCUGGGCGGGCGGCGGCGGCUGGGCCGAGGACGCCGUCGUGCGAAACGCACACCGGUACGGCGUGACGGGCGCGCGCUGGUCGCCGGGCGGCGCGCUGCUGGCGUCGAGCGGCGUGGACGGCGCGCUGCGCGUGUGGGGCGGGCGCGCGCUCGAGCCGCGCCGCACGCUCGCCGCGCCGCGCGCCGCCGCCGCCCGCGCGCUCUGCUGGGUGGGCGGCACGAGGCUGCUCGCAGGUCACGACGACGGAGUGCUGUGCGUGUGGCACGUGGCGCGCGCGUGCGUGCUGGCGCGGCUGGCGGCGCACGAGGGCGCGCUGCACGCCGUGGCCGCGCCCGCCGGCGGCGCGCUGCUGCUCACCGCCUGCACCGAGGGCGUGCUCAAGGUCUUCGACUUGAUUUAUGUAGAGGCGGUAACGAGGAAACCAAUCCGACUCCACUCACGUGGAUCGACGGAGCGCAUGACCUAG